ACCAAACAAAAAGCCGCUAAGAAGAACAGUUUGUUUCGUUUGUGUGCCGUAGUCGGUAAAUUAAUUACGGUCUUGAGAUUUUUCUAUUUUCCCUGUGAUAAUUAGUGUUGGUUUGUGCCAGAAUUUACAUUAUUGGUACUUAUACUUCGUUUGGUAUAUAUAAAAGAGUUACUUGAAACUCAGUCUAUCCGGUGAAUCGCUUCAAGGACUAAAGGCUUCUUGCACAUAAUUGGUUGAGGCAUCUCCCGUUUGCCUUGAAUUAGAAAGUUGAACUUUACGUGUUUUGUGGCUGCUUUGGUGCUUCUCGAUAGUUCAUUCAAACCAGUCCAAGUGAAACAGUUUGCCAAGAGAUGAUGCAAAUGAACAACAUCAACCUGACCGAAAGCGCACGGAGUCAAAAUGCUUCACUGCAUCCUACAUUGGUGAACUACAAAAUACAGACGCAGAAGGAAAUGCCCGCAAGAUUUAUUUUUGAAUGCGCUCAAAAAUUGGAAUUGAAACCGCUCACUUCUGCCACGGCAGCAAUUUUGUACCAUCGGUUUUUCAAAGAACUUGACGACGCGGAAUAUGAUCCGUAUAUGAUCGCCUGCUCAUGUUUGUAUCUGGCCGGUAAAAUCAAGGACGAUAAAGUGCGGAAACGGGAUGUAAUCAAUGUGGCCCACAAUACAAUCAAUCGGGGUGCACCACCACUCGAACCAUGCGACGAGUAUUGGUCGAUGUGGGAUACGAUAGUGCAGGCGGAACUCUUCAUAGCACGCGUGCUUAAGUUCGAUAUGACGAUCGUGCAUCCGCAUAAGUACAUGCUGCACUACAUGAAAUCGUUGCAGGAUCUGUUCGGUGCCAAGGAGUGGCACUCGAUGCCGAUUGCAAAGGCCGCUGCUGCGUUCCUGCAAGAUUUUCAUCACAGUAACAAAAUCCUCAAUUACAAACCGGCCCAUACGGCCGUAUGUUGCCUUGCCUUAGCAUUCCAAGUGUAUGGCAUACAGGUGCCGUUGAUGGAUGAAACGGAUGAAACCACUCAUUGGUACAAUGUAUUCUGUCCGGAACUGACGCGUGAAACAUACUGGGAAAUAAUGGAAAAUAUCAUGGACAUGUACAAUAUUGAGACAAUCAUCGGAAAGAACUGAUGCCAUUAGCAUUUGGCACAAUUUCUCAACGACCUUAACGAUGGUGUGAAUGUAAAAGUAUUUAGGAAGCAACACUUCCAGCAGUCCAUCAUCUUCAUCAGGAUUAACGUCAUCGAAAGAAAUGCCAUUAGCCAAAUCUCCAUUACUUCGUGAUACUGAAUGACAAAACAGUGAUGUUCUCUAGACAGUUUCUUACAGCUGGAAGAAUUAUCGUUUAAGCAUUAAAGAGGCGAUAUAUAAUUAAUCAAAGCACUUUAUUCGGGUGCGCAAAUAAACAUUUUUUUCUUUAUCCUUACACUUAACAGGUGAUAUGUGAUAUUACUUUUGUUAACAAACUUCGACAAAGCGCAUCCGUACACAUGUUCAUGUUCUAUUUUAUUAUUUCUUCCACUGCACUUUUUGUUUAUUUUAACAUAAUAUUUUUGCCAUCAUAUUAGUAUCAUAGUUUUGCUUUUUACUGCAAACACCACCCGAGAAGUCGUGUGCUUUUGUUUGUAUGUGUGUUUAAAACAGUUUUCCUCCAUUUAUUCCCUAUUGGUUUCGUUUAUAGUAAAUGUACACCAAAUGUUUGUUUUUUUUUUCUUAAAUUCCAUUCCACCCAGCUGAUGGUUUACUCGCAGCACCUGUGGUGUGGAGCGUAGUAAUUUAACAUUUAUUUCUUUUUUUUUGUAAAUUUUUCUGGUGCUUGCCUUGCUGUUAGGCUAACAGUUUUAGAAAGCGGUUUUGCUUCGAAACCGGCCAAUGUUUUGCGCACGUACGACGAAGUGGCUCUGUUAGUGGUGGUGGCACUAUUCUAGUUCAACUGGUUCAGGAUCGUUUUGAAAGUCCACUGCAUUGGUUUUUGGAUGUAUCUUUUAGAUACGCUAACAAUACACAUAGGAUGCCUGCUUCGGCGGUGCUACUCUGUGCGCACUAUAUUCUGAGUAGUGUUGACAUUCGUUAUCUACAUCAUUAGAGUUCCACUGGUUUUUUGUUUUUUUUCUGUGCGAAAGGUACAGACUUUUGCCGGAUUUUGUUUUCAUCAAACGAUCUCUGUAAAAUUACCGAAUGUGGAGAUGUACCCUUCUUUUAUCUUUGCCUCAUUGUCACAAAAAUAAUCGAUUUGUGAAAACUUGCAAAAUCAAAAAAAAAAACAAAACAUAA